UGUAAUUUGAAGAAAGAGAACAAAGGAAUCAAGGGAGUAUAAAAAGCUCCUAGGACGCGAGUCUUGCUCCACUCCGCUGCUCUCCACUGUGCCCCGGACACGGGAGGAUGCUGCUGCUCUACGGACUUGCGUGCGGGGUCUUCUCGCUGCACUUCUUUAGCAUUCACUGCGCGCCGGUACUGGAGCAGAAAAUCCACAGCCACGACAACAACGAGUACAAAUCGCAAACGGAAUGGUUAAAGAAAUCCCAUUUAUACAAGAUGAAAAAAGGACAUCGACAAGUGCAAACCCAAGAAACUGUGAAAGAAAUUUUGAAGAGACAUGAGCUCCCUGUGGUUGUGAAGCAUGGAAACAACUCCGAGUUCUGGAAAAGGCCCCGUUGUGGUGUACCUGACUAUACAGAAGGAAAUAUUAUGAACAGUAGACACCGAAAUAAGCGCUUUGUGCUAUUUGGAGGACGCUGGGAGAAAAAUGACUUGACCUACAAAAUUGUGCGUUUUCCAUGGCAAAUGAACCCAGGAAAGGUUCGACACACCAUAACAGAGGCCUUGAAGGUUUGGAGUGAUGUUACUCCACUAACCUUCAGAGAAAUUCAUGAAGGAAGAGCAGACAUAAUUAUUGACUUCACAAGGUACUGGCAUGGAGACAAUCUUCCAUUUGAUGGACCUGGAGGAAUUCUGGCACAUGCUUUCUUCCCAAAAACCCACCGUGAAGGGGAUGUACAUUUUGACUAUGAUGAAACCUGGACAGUUGGAAACAACAUGGGCACAGACCUCCUACAGGUUGCUGCACAUGAGUUUGGGCAUGUUCUUGGACUGCAACAUUCCCUCGUUCCAGGUGCAGUGAUGUCUCCAUUUUACAGCUUCUCCUACCCUCUUGAGCUCAGUGAGGAUGACAAGCAAGGAAUCCAGUAUCUGUAUGGACCACCUCAGACCAUCACAGAUCACACUAACACAGAGACCAAUGAAAUCAUCAGUGAGGCACCAAAUGCCUGUGACACUGACUUUGAUGCUGUAUCAAUGAUCCGGGGUGAGCUCUUCUUUUUCAAGUCCCGCUAUGUAUGGAGAAUCAGAAAUGGACGUCUACAGGAGGGCUAUCCAGCCCUUGCUUCACGUCACUGGCGGGGAAUUCCAGAACGCAUUGAUGCUGCUUUUGAAGACUGGUCGGGGAAUAUCUGGUUCUUUGAAGGUCAGAGCUACUGGAUAUUUGAUGGCGAACGGCAGAUCUCUGGUCCAGACCCUGUGCAGAACUUAGGGCUACCUGUCACUGAUGUUCAAGCAGCACUAAUGUGGGGUCCUGAAAAAAACAAAAAGAUAUACUUCUUCAAAGGUGGCAACUAUUGGCGAUUCAAUCCCAUAUCUAAUAGAGUGGAUGUGGUGUACCCUCGCAACAUACUGGACUGGAGAGGAAUCCCAAAAGACAUUGAUGCAGCUUUUCAGGACAGUUAUGGUUACGCCCACUUCCUUCGUGGAAAAUAUUACUGGAAAUUUGAUCCUGUUACAGUAAAGGUGCUGGAAGGAUACCCACGUGUGAUUGGGCAGGAUUUCUUUAAUUGUCCUGAAAGGUCUAAUAAUUACUAGCAAGGACAAAAAUACUUUCUUGAGACUGGCAAAAAUCAAAGCAUGAGACAUCAUUGUUAUGUUUAUCAUUUUUAUAAAAAUGAGCAUUUUGGUGCUAAUUUUGAAGUAUGACCUGAACUGAAACCACCUCCAUAAUCUGGAACAUUUCUUUAAGCACAGUGUGCUAACAAUUCCAGAUGACUGUGUGAUCUUAGCAGUGUAUGCAGAAUAUGUGGCUAUAUAGCUAACUAAUUCUUUAUUUUAACAUUCUGUUAUUUUAGCUAAAAAGUACAUCUUUCUCAAUCCCAAAACAAAUCAGUUUUCUAUAAUGCUAAUUUCAGUUUCAUUGAAUGGCACAGGAACAAAAUCUACAGAAUUCCAAUGCAAUCCCUUUGUAAAGUUACCUGUUAUGUUUCAUAUUUCACAGCAAAAGCACAUUUUAUAGAUAAGGUAGAAAAGCUUACAAUAUUAAUAAUUUACCCUAAGUAUUCAGUAUUUGUUUGAGAGAAAGAUACCUUAGCAUGCAAGUAUGCAUUCUCAUCUAAGAUCAGAUAACUGCUUAAAAAUAGGGUGAAGUAAAAAAGGUGAAGUUGUCCAGAUAACGGAACAAAACAUCUCAAUUUGAAUAUGCAAACAUUAGCCAGACAAAUUUUGAAAAAAUACUAUAGUGACAUGUACUGUACAUAUUAAGCAAUAAUCAAUUUGAAGUGUUUGCAGUAAUCCUAUAAAUAUGACUAGUGCUCUUUCCUUUAUCAAGCAAACUGGUUAAUUUGCUUCAUACAGUAUCUGAAUUAGAGUAAGACAAAUGCUGUGGAACUUAAUCAUUAAAGUUAUCUGCUUUUUGAGGUUCUGUUUUGUGGAUUCAGUGAGAACUGACUGAUAAAUCAGCUCUGUUAUCCUGAAAUACAGGUGAAAAUAAUGCAUUGAAAGGUGAAAUGAAAUCAUUUUACACCCCAGUUAAUUACGAAAAGGAAACUUUUAACUAAACUUCUUUACAAUUUCUUUACUUGAGGAAUAUUGCUGUCAUUGUAAUUAUUAUAUAAUUAUAAUAGGAUUAAAAGGUCAUUAUUUUUACAUAUACAGAGUAGAAAGAAAUUAACAAUGUGUUACAAAAAGUAUCAUAUGGGCCAGGACUUACAAUCAGAUGAGAGCAUUUAGUCUUUACGGCUGUUUCUUCCACUUUCCAGGACUAUACUGUACCAUGAAAAAAGUUUCAGGAUGCCUGGGCUGAAAUGAAGCUGUUCAGCAGUCAACCAUCUUAGAGUUGAACACUUUUAAAGCACUGCUUUUGUGAAGGGGUUAGGCCAAAAUCUAUAAAGAAUUACGGAAAAUAAUGUUAAAUAAUGUGCACUGCAGCUCAUUACCACGUGGUAUUUUUGUGUUUAUACUUUAUUUUUUCAUACGUACUUCAGAACAGUUCUAUACACCCCUUAAGGAAUACUAACAGAGCAACAACUUCUGAAUAUGAGCUGUGUUUAAUAAAUCUUUCCUUAUUUUUUCAGGUUUAUAAAUUUUUACUAAAUGACUAGUAGAACUGAUAGAUAACUAAACUGUUUGUUGAAGAUAUGACACUGAUUUCAUAAAAGCAAACAACAUCUCACAAUAUGUUUAUCAGGAAAUAAAGUAUUUAUCAUUACUGGAAGAAACAAAUACACCCUACUGUGCAUAAUGUGUAUGCGAGUUGGCCACCACUGCAGCCUGCUGUUUGACAUUUGUAGUUUUUGCCGUUCUGAAUUGAGCUUAUGUCUAAAUGUUUCAUUUUAUUGAUGGCAUUCUGUCAACUCUGCAGUACUGUACCUUUCCAGUUUUAGUAUGGGGACAAGAGAAAAAUCCCUGUGUUCUCAGGUCUCAUUCAAGGGAGGUUAAAUAGGAACCACUCACUUACACUGACCUCCAGUGUGGAAUAUUAAUAUUGUAUUACAGUGCUGGACACUGUUGGCAUUGUUGUUUUUUUUUUAUAUAAUAAUGUGACAUUAAACAUUAUAAAUAUUAUUAUGUGCAUUGUAGUUACAGCUGCUUUUAGCUGUUUUACAAAUGUGUAAUUGACAUGUAGCACCAAUGAAAUACAUUAUCCUUGUCAUUUUUAAAUGCUGUGUUUUUUGCUCAGGCUUUUGGUACUUUGGUGUCUAAUCAA